AAUGCCCUGUAAUCCCGUCACUUUAUGCCGCAAUCUUCGUAGAAUGACUAGAUACAGAAGAGUGAAGUCUAGAAACAGAGGAAAAGUGUCCAAAGUAAGGGAUUUAUUCCCAUUACCCUUCGGCGAUACCGGUGAUGCCGAGCCCGCUUUCUCCGAUAUAUUAUCAAUCAGCUGAUAAAUCAAAGGUAAUCAAAAUGACGAUAUACUAGUAAGCUUGGUAAGCUCGGCGACUGACGCAUGACAAAUGAGAGUGGAGAACCCUAAAUUAGUGGUUGAACCUGGUGCUGGAAGGACUGGUAAGCUAGCUAUGGUAGCGUACCAAUUUCAACACUUACAAUGCUCACUAUCAGUAUUCUAUCAGAAGCUCUUCGAUCCCAGGACUUCUGGACCCGAAACUGGCCACCGAGAGAGAUAUUGGAAUCUGUUCCACAUGUUAUGCCAGAACAGUACCAUGCAAGCAGCCUUAGACGUGUGUCUUCACACACAGGUUCCGGGACUCGUAUCUUGGACGAAAGCUAGCCUCUUGCUUGCAAUUGACGACACGAUUGACAGCUUAAUGAAAAGAAUCGGGAGAAAUGGAAGCGAUAUCAAGGACAUCACUAGACUAUCGGUGAUUUUCUCAACUGCUAAAAGCACAAUCUACCCGGGGGAAUAUGAGGACGUGAUGAUGGAGGAAUUAACUGUGUACUUAUAGCAUGUCGAGAAGCCGGCAGACAGGAGGAUAUAAGCAUUGAGGAGAACGCAAAUGACAAGGUAUAUGUUAUAAUUCACACAGUGUGAAGUCGCAGAUUUCUAAAGCAU